AUGGACGCAUUGUCGACGUCGCCAAACGCCCACGGCCGAGUCAAGGCUUGCACCCAGUGUCGGCAGCAGAAGUUACGGUGCGAUGCGCCGCAAUCGGUCCCAUGCAGCCGCUGUCGUCGACUUUCUUUGACUUGCACUGUCACUCGUGCCUUCAAGCGCCAAAAGGCCAAGACGAAGGCGGAGCUGGUAGCGGAGAUAUCGCGCUUGAAAGGAGGAGAUGGACUGGAAGCAGGGAUCUCGAGCAAGGAGCCCAUCGUGAAAGUGGCCAACUCGAACUCUACUGGCUCUGGAAAUGGAAACGUGGAAAAUUACGCCGUGUCUCCUACUCGUUCUUCCUCAGGCGUCUCUCGGUCAGCCUUUGUUGGAAACGGAGUGCCUGUUGGCCGUGGCACUUCCACUCUCGGCACUCAUCACGAGGAAGAAUCUACUGAAACUAGUCCUAUAGUGACGGACGAUGCUUCUCUCCGUGAUUCAGGGUCGGCACCAUGCUAUGGAGUAUCUUGGCUGACCACGGCCAAAGCAGAAGCAUGCUUUGAGAGCUUUUUUCAUCUGUACUCCCCCUUCCUCCCCGGCAUUUGGGCGUGCUUGCCGUCUGCGCCGGCCGAAUACUUCGCAGCCUCGCCAUUCCUUUUCUGGACCAUCAUCGCUACGGGGGCGCGUCGACAUGGUGAUCCACAAUUUCUACACAAAGUCGCCCAUCGUGUACACCUACAGGCUUCUGAUACGAUACUCUCGGGCGCACAACAACCUAUAGCGGCGAUAAAAGCUGUCCUUCUGCUUUGUAUUUGGCCAAUCCCGAAGGACUCGCUGUGGAAAGACCCAUCUCCGGCGCUGAUCGGAGCCGCAGUACAAUUAGCAAUACAGCAAGGCCUGCAUGUCGCUGGUUCUCGACAAGAGCACGCCUUCUCGCGAACUGUGCUGCACAUGACCGAGGAAGAUCGCGCCGCCCGAGCACGACUAUGGGUGUAUUGUGUCACAGUGUUUCAAAAUACGAGUCUGUGUUGUGGCUUUCCACCGUGGAUGCUUGCAGGUGCCGCCAGUGAUCGACAUUCAGGUGCCACAAGAUCAGUACUAAGUCCGCUCAUACUCUAUCAGUACGAGCUACAGAAGCUGUCAGUCACAGCCAUAAACACUAUACUACAUGCCGUGCAACUGGAAGAGCCACUAGUAGCCGAGGACAGCUGUCUUGACUCGCUCAUUGAGGGUUUCGAUGCUCAGCUUCAGGCGUUUGCCACUCCUGGAGUCGAUGUGUCCGCCACACACUACGAGCUCGCCCUCCUAGCGGCCCGUGUAUUCAUCCGUGCGACGCACUUCUUCAGUAUACCUCCCUUCAGCCAGCGGCGUCUUCCAAGUCAAAGCAUUCCUGGACUACUGCUCCUGCAUGCUCUCUGCUGCUCACUGACGACUUGUCUAAUGAGCUUGGAUGAUACUACAGAGUUCGUCCUUUACAUGCCUUAUUACUAUCGUCGAGCUGUGAUGUUGGCCGGAAUCUGCAUUCUACGUAUCUCUCGUAGUCCUCUGCAAGCCUACCUCCAGACCGAGCCACGGGAACAGGCAUUGGCGAAUGCGGUCCGUGUCAUCAAGCGGAGCAGCAUCGAGACUGGAGACACCGACUAUCGGCAGGCAAUCAUUUUAACACAAUUGUGGAAGGGAAAAGAUCGAGGCGGUGGUUUAGGCAAGAUCAGCGGGGAUCCGCAAAAUGCGCUGCACUUGAAGCUACGGAAUCGACUGUCGAUGAGUGUCGUCUUCGAAUGUUUCUGGUGGUGGCGUUCAGACUUCGCUGGCCUAUCCGACCCCUAUAAUGACGACGAGCCCGAGCUUUUACGAAAUCAGGCUGGCGCUGCCUCGCUCCCCUCAGACGGAUCUGGACCGUUGAACGCAAACUUCAAUACGACGGACAUUGAACAGCAGUUCCAGUUGGUAGCGAAUGGAUUCCAGGACCCGCUUGCAGAUACCGUCGACUGGCAAUGGCCAGUAGACCUCUUCACGCCGGGGUUGGACAGCAUGAUGUUGGAUAAUGGACUGAUAUAG